CAUGCGCCGGCCGCACGGAGGCCCCCGCGCACGUGUCUCCUAGGCGACCGGCGGGAUGAGGCGGCCCAACGUCCUGCUGACCGGUACUCCAGGAGUUGGGAAAACCACGCUUGGAAAAGAGCUUGCAUCGAGAGCUGGGAUGACCUAUAUCAAUGUGGGUGACAUGGCAAGAGAAGGAGAGCUGUAUGAAGGUUUUGAUGAGGAAUAUGAUUGCCCAAUUUUGGAUGAAGAUAGGGUGAUUGAUGAGCUGGAAGAUAAAAUGAGCCAGGGGGGAGUUAUCGUCGAUUAUCACGGCUGCGAUUUUUUCCCUGAACGGUGGUUUCAAAUAGUGUUUGUGCUUCGUACAGAAAAUUCAUUCCUGUAUGACAGGCUUGAAAGCAGGGGCUACAAAGGGAAAAAGCUGGAAGACAACAUUCAGUGUGAAAUUUUUCAGACACUUUACGAGGAAGCCAUGUUGUCAUAUAGGGAGGAAAUUGUCCACCAGUUACCCAGCAACACGCCAGAAGACCUGGAGAGAAAUUUGGACCAGAUUACACAGUGGAUUGAGCAAUGGAUGAAGGACAACAACUGACAUUUGUAGCUCUGCUGGAUCACCUCGGGAGAGGGUUUAAUAAAGGACAUUCAUAGUUCUUGUAUGAUAAAUUAAUAUUAUUGUAUAUUGGGGAGUAGAAGAAGGUUUGGCACAGGCAGGAGAGGCACGGAGGAGAAACAGCAGGAGAGACAAUUCAGCAGUGAAUGAGUGAGAGGACAGAAAUGACACAGUUGCCCUUAGUAGCAGGAACUACAUGGAGCAAUGUAGAGUUUUUUGGAGUUUACAAUUAAAACCAAGCCUUCCCCCUCCUCCCCAAGAAAACUGAAAUCCUGAUCGUUGGGUGGCAUUUGAUGAGCUUUGGGUUUCUGGAGGCUAAAACAGUUUCCUGAAAAGGAGAUAACUCUGUUUCUGAUUUUUAAAGGCUAAGAACUGCAAUCCUCUUGAAUGUGUGGAGCCUCAUGCAGCAUGAGGGGUGUGUGGUGUAGUCUAAGGAGGGUGCUUUGUUUUGGAAGGAAGAGAAGUGAUGUAAGAGAUACUUUACAUUCAUUAUGCAAACUUUGGGAAUCACAGUGUAAGGAAACAUUGGAUAUAUCUUCACUGGUGUGGAAUGAAAAGCAAUGAGGUUUCUUCCUCUUUUUUCUGGCAGUAUUCUCCAUCACCCAUCCCAGUCCUGGAACAGUUUUUUUUUACCAUAAGUUGAUCAAGGAAAUGCAUCAUUUGGCAGGACAAGGAACCAGCAGUGACCCAAAACGUGGUUACACUUAAAAUUCUGGCAGCCAUCUGUGCUAAUUGCUUUUAAAGCCUGGCUGCCAGGAGGGUGCAGGGUAGAAAUUUAUUUGCUGUAAAGAUUGUGUAGAAAGGGUUUCCUAAUAAACUUUUUAUACAUGCAA